GGUAGCUGGGAUCACAGGUAUCACACCUGGCUUAAAACUAAUUUUUAUGUUAAAAAUUUAGUCAGGGGGUGAGGGUAUAGCUUAGUGGUAGCACAUGAGAUCCUGGGUUUAAUCCCCAAGACCCAUCCCACCCAAAUUGGUAAGAAUAUUGAAUCUUAGGGCUGGGGAUGUAGCUCAGUGGUAAGAAUGUUUGUCUAAGCAUUCAUUGAGGCCCUGGAUUCAAUCCCUAGUACCAAAAGACUAUACAUCCAAAAUUCUAGAUAUCAUUUUAGUAUAUUUUCUUGCCUUACCACAGUGAAGGCCAGCAGACUAGAAGAUGCUUGACUAGAGAUGCUUGUUCUCUCUACUGGAAUUUUACAACAGACAUGAGUUAGUUCAGCUUUGGCAUGGUCCUACCAUGUUUUCCUGCUAGUCAGGUCUAAAUUGGAGCUAUGAAAGUGGGUUUGUACAUCCUAGAAGCUCCCAGGUUGAAGCCUCUUAUUUGGGUCUCAUAAGGGUGCUUGGUUAGAGUUUAGAGAAGGUCAUAGUUACAACCUUUGAAGGAAAUGUUAAUACCCUGAAAAAUUAUUUCAACUUAAUAAGGUCUUUGUAAUCUUAGUUAUUUUAUGUUCAAAUAAAGAGGAAAAAUAUUUUCAAGUUGUGCUGAGAGUAUAAAUGGCAAUAAUAUGAAAUACUACUUUAAGUGAUAUUUUGCCCAAAAGAAAAGAUGUUAGAAUUACUAUAAUGUUUCAGGUCAAAAUAACCUUAAUGAAAUUCCUGCAUAUAUCCCAAGUGGUAACAACCAUUGUUGCAUAUUUUUUUCAACUGCUUGAAAAGCUUUUGUUUGGUUGCUGGGUAGUUGCCGUGGUCACAUUCUAUGCUGGGAUUGGAGUAGUGGACUGUGUUAUUAGUGUAGCUCAAGACACCUAGACUCGGAGCUUGACUAUCUAGGGAGCGUUGUCGUGUGCUGCAGCCACGAUCAACAUGAACCAGAGGACUGUGAAGAAACUGGUGGAACCCAUCAGUAAAACUGUCAAGGGCUUCAAAAGAAGUGAAGUAGAAUGUCUCAUAAGACUCUUUCACAGCUUGGUGGGAAGAACUGGUUGGAAAUCUGGAAAUACUGGGCUAGAUCGUAAUAAAUUUCGAGGGAUCCUGCACAACAUAUUUGGAAUGACUGAUGAUAUAUUGAUGAAUAGGGUUUUUUCUGCAUUUGACAAAGACAAUGAUAACUACAUAAAUGCCAAAGAGUGGGUUAAAGGACUAUCAGUGUUUCUUCGAGGGACAUUUGAAGAAAAGCUGAAGUUCUGUUUUGAAGUUUAUUAUUUGAAUGGAGAUGGUUAUAUUUCUCGAGAGGAAAUAUUUGACAUGUUGAAGAACAGUCUAUAUCAAUCAUCUGAAGAAGAGAAUGAUGAAGGAGUAAAAGAAUUGGUAGAUAUAACAAUCAAGAAAAUGGAUUAUGACAACGAUGGCAAGAUAUCUUUUGCAGACUUUGAAAAAGCAGUGAGAGAAGACAGACUUCUGUUGGAGGUGUUUGGCCCAUGUUUGCCAGAAACACAGUUGUGUUGUCCUAGGCAUAAACCUGUCAACUGACCCUGAAGGAGGAAUUACAGCCUUCUGUGUACCAGAGCAGGGAGUUUGAUGCUCUGUUCAGAUGCUCCUCAGAUGAACAAGUACAGUUUGAAGCAAAAUAACAUAAAGGCAAUUCACAAGAAUAAGGAAGACAAGGAUCUGAGUUCCCAGUAGACGCAUUCGAGGCAGCUGCACAAAAUCCAGACACAUCCGAGUUUAAGUCUUGUCUAAAAUUUUGUGUGUUUUUACACUCUGGAACCAGUUUCUUCUUUGUCAUGUAAUACUCUUUAUAAAUUUAAAAGUUGAGGGAAAGGAAAACAGAAAUGGUUCAUUUAUUGUUUUUAUCACACAGAAUCAUAUAAUUUUUAAAACAAACUUUAAAAUGUUAAUAAAUUACUCUCCAAAAUAUAUAUCUAAUGUUCAAAU